AAAGAAGAGGUCUCUGAUGGUCGGCAUUGUCUGUGAUAUUUUCAAUAUCAUAAUGUACGGUUCUCCUCUUACAAUCAUGGCAAAGGUUAUCAAAACCAAGAGUGUGAAAUACAUGCCAUUUUACCUCUCAUUGACCAACUUCCUAAAUGGUUGCUGCUGGACAGCUUAUGCUCUCAUCAAAUUUGACAUCUACAUGCUGGUCAGCAAUGGUCUUGGUGCAGUUUCUGGUGCUAUUCAACUCAUACUUUAUGCAGCGUACUGCAAGUCAACUCCAAAAGACGACGAUGACCUUGCUGGAAAGCCUACUACUACCGAAGUGCAGCUCUCGAAUACAAAUGCAGCUGCUGCUGCUAGAGUCUGAUAAUUACUCUGCAUCUGCACAUCAACUUCCUAGUUUUAACUUCUCAUCUCCUUAGGUUAAUUUUGAUAUGGAAAAAGCAAGUACUUUAUUUCUUUUUUGGGAUUAAUUUUCUGGUUUAGAAUUGUAAAUAUACAUUUUUGUUGAGCGGCUGCGCCAAG